AACUAAGGUUCGCAACAACAAGCAGCUUCUUCUGCGCAUAUCGAGACUAGGCAAAACAACACUUCGACUAUAGAUGCCGACUUUGGUGGUUUCGGUGGAUCUAGUGGAAGAGGACGCAAUUGGAGCAAUAAUGGUGGUUCUGAUCAACCAAACAUGUGCUUUAUGUGUGUAGGACGUACUAAGAAUGGAGAGCCGGACCCAAAUUGCAAGCAUAACACCAUCGACAAGUGCCCUCUCACUCAAGAGCUUAUUCUACUUGGUGUUUGUCAUCGAAAUGAGGAAGGGAAAAUCUGCAAGGGGCCCAUCGAGCCUGGCAAAGAGGGCACUCGCAUCUUCUUUAACAAUAGUUCUGGUAGGAUGUGGGAACAGAUUAUCGCCCAGAUGUCAGGAGGGCUAUUCGACUACGAUUUCAGUAAGAGACAAGAGAAUGUGGAGCGCCUGGCCCGACAAGCUUAAGAAGGUGAAGCUGCUCGCAAGUCUGGACUCGUCAAUAUCCCAGGACUCAACUCCGCUGUUGAAGUGCUCAAGAGGGUAGACCUCAAUAUUCAUAACGAGGAUCUCGCUGAUGCCUACGGUGCACCCCUAUCAUUCGACGAUUACUACGAGCAACAGGUGCUAUGGUACGAAGAAGUUGCUAUUUCCACUAAUCUAGCCAGUGUUAUGGGAAGCCGA